GGGUCUAAGCGAGCUGCAACCACGAGAACACGAGAAGCAUCGAUCUCUUCCCACAUAACCACUAUAUCACGUGGGAAAAGCCAGCCAGGUGUUAUGGGUCCUUUGCCUAUACAAGGACCUUAGACCUUAGUGACUCGGCCAAGGCCUGCGCUGUCCUGAAGGCGGUGAGCCACCUACAAGACUUCCUUGCAACAACAAUCCUUCUUUCUCAUUUCUUCUUUAGCGAUUCCUUCUUUAUGAGGAGACCUUUUACUAUGACAAUGGAAGAAGAAAGCGUCGCAUUGUUGCUACAGCAGCUCCAGGAGCUCCGUACAGAGAUGCGGACUCAGAAACAACAGCUCCAAGAAGAGAAUAACAGCUUACGGGCGGAACUACAGGCCGUACGGAACUCGCAACUGAGAAACCAUCCACCAGUUACCACUACAGUUACAUCCGCAACGCCCACCCCCUACGAACGAAGCUAUCCCCGUCCUCGUCACCCGGAUGUCGAACCCUUUACUGGAGAAGACCCUAAGGACUACCCUCCUUUCCAGAUGAACCUUCGUACGAAGUUUGCAAUCGACGCCGCCUGCUACCCUACAGAGGAGGAACAAGUUUACUAUGCCUACAGCCGCCUGAGAGGAAAAGCCAGCCAGCGUGUACUACCAUGGCUCUUGGCUCGCCAGAAAUCUGAGACUCCCGUGCUAUGGGCAGAAUUCUCCGCGGUACUAGACAAGGCCUUUGGUGACCCUGACCGACAGAGAAAGGCUCUUAGUUACUUGAAUGAAUUUGACGAAGAACUUCUUAAUGCUGGAGGGAUUAAUUGGGAUGAUAACCAGAAGAAGGCCUUGUUGGACACGGCAAUUAAUGUUGAGUUGCUAAAAGCCAUGGUUGGUAUUAGGCAGGAGGAUUCGUACGACAACUACUGUAAUCAACUGCGCGAAAUCAACCACAACCUCCAGAGAGUGGCCAGGCUUACACGAAAAGGAUCUCGCGCUGCUGUCCCCACGCAUGUCGCUCGUACAAGACCAGCAGGAGGCUCUGACCGGACCGGGACCCCUGAUCAAAUGGACUGGGAAGCCACCCAUGCUCAAAUUGCAGCCCUACAAAAGGAAGUCGCGGCCCUCCGCUGCCUGACCUAUGGGGUAAUCAGUGACAAGUUUGUCAAGAUACAUCAAAUACCCACCAUACCUAUCCACCCGAAACCUUUCAAGGGAGUGACCGGGAAUAUAGAGGAGAUUAAUAAGAUUGUACGGGUUCAGCUAGACAUCGGGGCGCAUACAGAAAAAGGAGCCUACUUCUAUGUGAUACCCGAUAACCUGGGCUAUGACUUGAUCUUGGGACUCCCCUGGCUGGAGCAACAUGAUGGAAGGUUAGAGGCUAAGAGGGGCAGGCUGUACCUCUGUACUACUGGAGUCCGUCUAUGGAGUACUACAAAGAGGCCCUUACCAAAGCUGAACAUAGCACAGAUAUCCGCCGCAACCAUGGGAGGAUUUAUACAAAGGAAAAGGUGCCGUGGCCAAGAUAUUGAGAUAUUUGCGGUCUCAUUGGCAGAUAUACAGAAGGCACUGGCCCCAAAGAGACAUAUUGACCCCCGUACAAAGCUACCAAGGCAAUACUGGAAAUACCUAAGGCUCUUCGAACAAGACAAAGCAGAAGAACUACCACCGCACCGGGGAGAUGGGAUUGAUCACAAAAUCGAGCUCGUACAGGAGGAGAGUGGGAAGGAUCCUCUAAAAGGCUUUAUCCGCGUGAGCCAUUCCCCAGCUGCAGCCCCAGUACUCUUUGUACGAAAACCAGGAGGAGGACUGCGGUUCUGCGUCGACUACCGUGCUCUAAAUGCCAUUACCAAGAAGGACCGCUAUCCAUUGCCCCUGAUCCAUGAGACACUGAACCAAAUUGGACAAGCCAGAUGGUUUACUAAGCUGGAUGUGUCUGCUGCCUUCCAUAAGAUCCGCAUAGCCAAAGGCCAGGAAUGGAUGACUGCCUUCCAUGAAUUCUGCUCAGCCUAUAUCGACGAUGUGCUUGUCUAUACCAAUGGGGACCUCCGCCAGCACCGGAAGCACGUACGAAUGGUCUUGAAGAAACUGGAAGAAGCAGGCCUAUAUUUGGAUAUUAAGAAGUGCGAAUUUGAGUGCAAGGAGACAAAGUACUUGGGCUUUAUAAUACAGGCAGGGAAGGGAAUCAAAAUGGACCCGGAGAAGGUGAAAGCAAUAAAGGAAUGGGAAACCCCUACUACUAUAAAGGGCGUCCGAGGAUUCCUGGGCUUUGCCAACUUCUACCGAAGGUUCAUCCCUAACUUCUCAGGGAUCGUACGCCCACUGAACAACUUGACAAAGAAAGGGACACCCUUCUUGUGGACUAAGGAGUGCCAGGAUAGCUUUGAUCUGCUUAAGGAAAAGUUUAUUACUGGACCUGUCCUAGCAACCUUCAACCCUUCCUACCGUACGGUAGUAGAGACCGACUCCUCAGGUUAUAAUACAGGAGGAGUUCUCUCUCAAUAUAAUGAAAAAGGGGAAUUGCACCCAUGUGCCUACUUCUCUAAAAGGAAUUCUCCAGCUGAAUGCAACUAUGAGAUCUAUGACAAGGAGCUACUCGCAAUUGUACGAUGUCUUGAAGCCUGGGAUGCUGAACUGCGCUCAUGUGGAGAAUUCCAAGUUAUUACAGACCACAAAAACCUGGAGUACUUCUUCUCCCCAAGGAAGCUGACAGAACGACACGUACGAUGGUCCUUAUUUCUCAGCCGGUUCAACUUCAAGCUAGUAUAUAGGAAAGGGUCAGCCAAUCAGAGAGCUGAUGCACUUUCACGGAGAGACCAAGACAUGCCUGAUGAUGAAGAUGACAGGCUGGACGCCCAAGACCAUAUCCUCUUCCGUGGGAGGAGGUGGGUGCCUGAUAGUGAACAGCUCCGUACGAGUAUAAUUCAGGCUGCACAUGACUCUAUAUUGACAGGACAUCCUGGCCGAGAGCAAACAUAUUUGCUGGUUAGCCGUGAAUACUUCUGGCCUAACAUGUCCCGGGAUAUCAGAAGAUUCGUCCGGAACUGUGAUAUAUGUGGGAGGACCAAGUCUUGGAGAGACCAGAGAAGGGGGCUAUUAAAGCCCCUCCCUGUGCCUGAUCGUCCCUGGCAGGAGGUUUCAAUGGAUUUCAUUACAGACCUACCAGAGAGCGAAGGUUGUACAAACAUCAUGGUUAUCACAGACCGAUUAACCAAAGGUGUGAUACUAGAAGGAAUGUCAGAAACUGACUCUGAGAGUGUGGCCUGGGCACUCGUACGAGUACUUAUAAGCAAACACGGGAUCCCGAAGGCUAUCACCUCGGACAGGGGAAGCCAGUUUACAAGUGAUACAUGGGCCCGCAUAUGUACCCUGACAGGGAUCAACCGCCGGCUAUCUACAGCCUAUCAUCCUCAGACUGAUGGAUCAACAGAGAGAAUGAACAGCACAGUGGAAACCUACCUCCGCAUGUAUACCUGCUAUGACCAGAAGGACUGGAACAGGCUACUUCCACUUGCAGAGCUGGCAAUUAAUGGCCGUACAUCAACAGCAACAGGGCAUCUAGCUGAAGAACCAACCAAGAGUCCUAUCCAGAAAGGGGAAGCCAUCGUACGGAAAGUUAAGGAAGCCCUAGACUGGGCUCAAGCCUCCAUGGCCUAUUCCCAACAGAAUACAGAGAAUCAGGCUAAUAAACACAGGAGCCCGGCCACAAACUACCAAGUGGGAGAUAAGGUCUGGCUAAGUCUGAAGAACAUCCGUACGGACCGACCCAGUAAGAAACUUGACUGGAAGAACGCCAAGUAUGAGGUUAUAGGCCUGGUGGGCAGUCAUGCUGUACGGCUGAAUACGCCCCCAGGGAUCCAUCCAGUCUUCCAUGUGGACCUGCUUCGGCUGGCUUCAUCAGAUCCACUUCCUUCCCAGAAGAAUGAUGAUAGCCAGCCCCCUAGCAUCAUGGUGAACGGUGAGGAAGAAUACAUGGUAGAGAAAAUCCUGGACGAACGUCGCAGGAGAUACGGGAGAGGUCACCGGCUGGAAUACCUAGUGAAAUGGUCAGGCUAUGCUCAGCCAACCUGGGAAGCUGCCACAGCUUUGGAGGAAGUACAAGCUCUGGAUGAGUGGCUGGAUCGUACGAAACAAUAUAGACUUCAGGACGGCUCACUAAACAGAGAUGCAUAUAUAAAGGCUAAAGCAACAUGACCUACCCUGUGACCUGUACUUCCUACAUAGAGGGAGGGGGGGGUACUGUUAUGGGUCCUUUGCCUAUACAAGGACCUUAGACCUUAGUGACUCGGCCAAGGCCUGCGCUGUCCUGAAGGCGGUGAGCCACCUACAAGACUUCCUUGCAACAACAAUCCUUCUUUCUCAUUUCUUCUUUAGCGAUUCCUUCUUGUACGUACGGCACGUCUAGAUAGGAAGAUCCAUCUAAAUACGUCCCUUAACACCAGG